AUGCUGAUGUUUUUUAAUUCCAUCCGGCUGAUAUGGAGUUUUUUUUCUACAUUGGAUGUUGGUAUAUUUUGCUAUACAAGAAAACAACUGUCGGAUGAAGAUCUAAGAUCAAUAAUAGCAGGAACUUUGACUUGCCGUGUUGAUCACAAAGAAAACUGUGGAGACAAAAUGAGCAAUUUUCUCAAUAGGACAUUCCAUGUUAAUGGUGGUUUGGACAAUAAAGCUGAUAUGGCAAUACUUGAUCAUCGUAUGAAAAAUAACGAGAAUAGAUCACCUUUGGGGAAGGAUCGUAUUGAGAAUCUCACUGUUCUGAGGUUCUCCAAUCUGGUUUUUGAACCGUUAUGGAGUCGAACAUACAUCCGUAAUGUGCAGGUAUACAUACAUGCAAGAUUUUCUAUGAAUUGA